AUGCCCAAAGUAGAAAGGAAGUAUGUUGGUAAAGACCUUCAGAUUGAUAAUACAGCUUUUGUAAGGCAAGAUUUUAGUAUAGAUCAUGAGUUUUCUGAGAAUCAAUAUAAUCAAGGUUUUUCUAUUCCAAAUCUCUUUUAUAAUCAAGAAAAAAAAGAAUGUUAUUUCACAGAUCCCAUCAAAGGCAGAAAAGAAUAUGUGAAGAAUAUAAAGCUAAAGUGUCUUGAGAAUGCUUCAGAAGAAGAAAUAGCAGAGCUAAGAUCUGAAAUCUCCAGUAUAAAAAAUCAGCUAUAUCAAGCUAAGAAGGAUGUGUAA